UGUGUGUGUGUUUUCUCACCAGCUGAAAAUGGCGGCUCGGAGCGUCGAAUCGCUCUAACUUUAUCGCACAAUAAUAAAGAGAACAAUAUACACCGAUGUUAACGCAUAACAUGGAGAGGAACUUUACUGUGAUACCUCAGACGCUCUAGCCUGGAAAUAUCACUCUCACCACUACGGCUAAAGGAGUUGAAACCCAGAGAGAUUAUGGAGGACCCUCAUACACGGUACAGCAAACGCCUGCGUACAGGCACGCGCCGCCGCUACCAGGACGAUGGAAUCUCAGAUGAUGAAAUCGAAGGGAAACGGAUGUUCGACCUGGACGAGAAGUUGGUGUGUGCCAGGUUUAAAUCUGACUUGGUCAAACACAUGGAUGGAAAAGAUUUCACAUUUGAGUACAUUCAGAGGGAAGGACUCAGAGACCCCAUUAUCUUUGACACAGCUGAUGGCCUUGGCAUACAAAUGCCAGAUCCUGAUUUCAGUGUGAGUGAUGUCAAGUUGUUUGUUGGGAGUCGACGCAUUGUAGAUGUGAUGGACGUGAACACCCAGAAGGGAAUCGAGAUGUCGAUGGCUCAGUGGCGACGCUAUUAUGACACGCCGCCGUCUGAAAGAGAAAAACUUUACAACGUCAUCAGUCUGGAGUUCAGCCACACCAGGCUGGAGAAUCUGGUGAAACGUCCGGCUUCGGUGGACCUUAUUGACUGGGUGGACAACAUGUGGCCCCGCCACCUCAAGGAGAGACAGAGAGACUCCACUAAUUCCAUCAUAGAGAUGCAUUAUCCCAAAGUACAGAAGUACUGUCUCAUGAGUGUGCAGGGCUGCUUCACAGAUUUCCACAUUGACUUUGGAGGCACUUCAGUGUGGUACCACAUCCUGCGAGGAGGAAAGGUGUUCUGGCUGAUUCCACCCACACCUCCAAACCUGGAGAUGUAUGAGAACUGGGUUUUAUCUGGAAAACAAGGGGACAUCUUCUUGGGGGACAAGUGUUAUGACUGUCAGAGGAUUGAGCUCAAGCAAGGCAACACCUUCAUAAUCCCAUCAGGGUGGAUUCAUGCCGUGUACACACCAGAGGACACGUUGGUGUUUGGGGGAAAUUUCCUCCACAGCUUUAACAUCCCAAUGCAGCUCAACAUCUACAGCAUCGAGGAUCGCACUCGGGUGCCUUCAAAGUUCCGCUAUCCGUUCUACUUUGAGAUGUGUUGGUACGUCCUGGAGAGAUACCUCUACUGUCAGACCAACAUCUCCCACCUCACUCCCGAGUUCCAAAAACACUCCUUGGGCAUUGGACUCACACAGGCUGACCACGAAGCCAAUGAUCAAACUAAGAAUGGCAGUAAUGGAGUUGACAGUGAAAUGGAAGUCAAGGAGAGCAUAAUCAAGGAGGAAGAGGUCUUACAAGAAGAGGCCUCCAAAGUUGCCCCACCUCAGCCCAGGCUGACUCCCUUUGAGCUGGAGGGACUGUGGAACCUGUUGGGGAAGCUGGAAGAGCUGCCGGACCAGAAGAAAUGUGUACCCGUAGGCAUCAUGAAUGCUGCAGCCCUGAUCAGAGACAUGAGGACUCUCCUGAACGAGCACUCCAAUGAUAACCACAAGUUCUCCUACACUGGAGAGCCCAUUGUGAAGUGGCCCGAGAGGCCGUCAUGGUACCAGCCCCCCACCCCCCCUCCUCCCGUCCUUUACCGUCCUCGCUUGGCCCCCGCCCUCCACAAGCCUCUGAGCCAGAGGCCCACCAAACGCUCCUCCAUCUCGGCCCUGAGGCGCCGACGGGUGAGGUGUAAGCGCUGCGCCGCCUGCUGCAGGAAGGAGUGUGGCACCUGCCAGUUCUGCCAAGACAUGAGGAAGUUCGGUGGCACCGGACGCAUGAAGAAGGGUUGCCUGAUGAGACGGUGUCUAGCGCCUGCCUUGCCGAACACAGCGCGAUGUGCCGUAUGUGGAGCAGGGGAGUUUGAUGAAUCAAAUCCGAGCACCUACUCACUGAUGGAGUGUUCUGUCUGCUCGCAGAUUGUCCAUCAUCAAUGCAUUAAGGACCCCGGUGAUGGGAAGAUCAAUGAAGAUUUGCCCAGCUGCUGGGAAUGUCCCAAAUGUUACCAAGGCAAAGACUUGGAGUCUUCCAGCGAUGAGGACAGUGAUGAGUCGGAGGGCUCCACCUCCCUGCCUCUGUCCAAACUUGCCUACCGGGAAGGCAUCGGUGUAGGGGAGAGGGUGGGACGAGGAAGACCUUGCAAAUCCUCAUCCCGGUCCACAGCACCACCACCUUCUCAGAAACUUCUGCUACAGCAUCAACAGAACCGCAAAAGAGCGAAUGCACUGGAGCGCAGACUAAAGAAGAGGAUUAAACUAGAGCGCAGCAAAAUGCUAACGAAGCAGGCGACCCUGGAGCGAUCUCCCCGGCUGCUUCGCUCCAGGAUUUUGUCCCGUCUCCGCUCUCCAACCAGCAGACUAUCUCAGGGCAGAGGCCGGAGCUCCAGUUGGGCCAGUGGCUCCUCUUACCACAGCUCCCUGGGAAGUACUGGGUCUCUCCAACAGCAUCAGCAGCAGCAGAAACGGCAGCAGCAGCAGUCUUCCAUGGGUCUGGUACUUGAAACUAAGGGAGACUCCCAGAGAGGGAGGGGCAGAGGGGUCAGGCUGCGAGGAGGAGGAGCAGGAAGAGGAAUGCAAGGUGGUCGAAGCCACCAAGAGUUGGAGGAGGAGAGCGAGGACAGCAGCAGCAGCAGCAGUUCCACCACCACCACCACCGACAGCAGCAGCACCAGCAGCAGCAGCGACGAGGAAGAGGAGAACGGGCAGAACAUUGGGAGGGGUUUGGAUAAAGAGAAUCAGCCCCAGUCGAGGCGAGGAGGGCGGGCAGCCAAAGAGAAGGAAGAGGAGGCAGGCGAGCUGGCCAACCAAAACGGCGCGGAGGAGGACAAGGAGGAGGAGCUAGAGCAGGACAGUGAAACAAGGGGCAAAGACCGGUCCUUUCUUAAAGUGACACUCCAAAGGCCAACCAGGGCCAAACACGACCUGUCAGCCAUCGUCCCCAAAUUAGAAGCCAUCGCCCCUAAGACCACCACAUCCACAAUACACAACCAGGCGAGAAUCCUCGUCAGGCCCCCCAUCAGAAACCCCGGGUUGUGUCCCGAUCCACACCCCAACAGGCACUUGGCCCCUCACGCUCGCGGUAAACACACAGACACUCGCCCCUCCCACCCAGAGAGGCCGGAGGACUCCAAAAAAACGUGGCCCAGCAGACCUGCUAAACUGAGCAAUGGCGCCUCGUCUUCGGCGACUUCUGAGCUUCCCCAUCUCCGCGUACCUCUAUCCGCCCUGCAAGAAGGAGGGAGCGAGGCCGACAGGGAGAAUGGCGGCAGCGGACCGGGCUGUGAGAGGGAGGUGUGGGUGUCCGUCUUCCGUUACUUAAGUCGAGCAGAUCUCUGCGUCUGCAUGGCUGUCUGCAAGAGCUGGUACAAAUGGUGUUUAGACAAGCGGCUUUGGGCACGGAUUGACCUGAGCAUCAAACGCACCGUUACUCCUCAAGCGCUCACAGGCAUCAUAAAGAGACAGCCGGUCACACUGGAUCUGUCUUGGACUAACAUCUCUAAAAAACAGCUCAACUGGCUUGUUGGUCGGCUGCCUGGGCUGAAGGAUCUGAUGGUGGCCGGUUGUUCCUGGUUAACUAUUUCAGCUCUCUGCUCCUGUGGGUGUCCUCUCCUGCGUUCUUUGGACCUGCGGUAUGCAGACGGAGUCAAAGACGCGCAGAUCAGGGAUCUAGUCACCCCUCCAGGUUGUGACAAUCGUAGUCAGUUUCGGACCAUGCAGUGUUUGCGACUAGCGGGCCUGGACAUCAGCGACUCCACUCUACGCCUGGUGAUCCGUCACAUGCCCCAUUUAACAAAGCUGGACCUCUCCCACUGCAACAGUCUCAGCGACCACUCCAUCAACCUGCUGACGGCAGUGGGCUCGUCCACACGAAACACGCUCACAGAACUCAACCUGGGAGGUUGCAGUAGACUGACUGAUGUGAGUCUAAAGUAUCUCCGGCGUCUCUCGUGCAUCUCGCUGCUUGACCUGCGAGGCUGUAAAGGUGUCUCCCGCCAGGCCUGUGAGGCCUUCAUCUCCGAGCUGUCCGUCAACGCGCUCUACUGCCUGUCAGAUGAAAAACUGAUCCAGAGGAUUUCCUAAGCGUCGGCCUCCUCCGACUGCAGAGGUGAAUCCAUGCAACACAACGAACACAGGCCGGACGGAAGGUCCACGUGCACCUGUAGGUGUGAAAGGAGCGGCGCGGUCUAGAGUGGGAGCGCUUGCUGGUGUAACUGGCGUUGGUAAAAGGGGUUGUCACAGCUGAAACUGAAAUUUCUUUUGUACAUUUUUCUGUGUUCCCGUAAAACGAGAUUCUUUUUUACACUUAUGGGUUUUAAUGUUGAGUGGGAAAAGCAAAAGGUUUUCUUUUUUUCCCUUUCUUGCUGGGAGUUGGAGAACGUGGGCAAUUAAUUCUCUCUAUUAGACUGCACUUCCUUUGGCUAGCCAAGUGCUCAACUCUAUUUUUUGGAGUGACACCAAUCUCAACUCAUCACAAACUCUUCUGCUUUGAGUCACACUUUUAAGUUUCAUCUUUUGUGGUUGAACUACGUUGUUAUGUUUGGCUGAUUCCCAUAAAGUCUUAUUUAUCCUGUGAUGUAUCAUAUUAAUUCAUUUAAUAUCCGCUACUUUUGGGUGCUCUAAAUAGAUGGUUAUUUUUUUGUCAGAUUCCAGAGAGCACACGUCUACAAGAAGGACGUCUGCUUUAUGCACAACAACUAUGCGCUGAGAUUUAUUUUUUUUGAAGACGACUAAAAGUGACAGAUCUUAGACAUCUUGACUUAUAUAGUGAGGGAGGGGAAUGGCCUGUUCACCAGUGUUAUGUUCAGCUUAAUAAGGCAUUUGGAUGCAACCGUAGUCUAGUGGUAUACCUGAUAAGUGUACAUGGACAUUGAGUAGAGGUGUUUGGAUAAAAGGGUAAAAAGACAGUGUGAGAAGGCAAUCGACAAGGCGACAACACCUCACCCCCCAACAAAGGGCAGGCUGCAUGAAGUGUUCGGGGUCAUGUGCCAGACUAAUGGUGCAUUUUCAAAUAACAGUUAGACUUCAGGUGCUAUUAUUUCCAAACUCUUAUUGCUUUGUUUUUGUACAGAGACAUUUAGAACCAAAAUGUUAAUAUUCUAGAUGAAACCACUCCCCACCCCGCUUUGAUACACCUUCUUUUCAUGGAGGACAAAUGUGAGUAUAUACUUUUCACAAAAUUCCAUAGGUUUGUCCAAUUCAAUGUAGAGAAUUUUGGGGGGGAUUGGGAUUGCUCAUUUCUUUGUUCCCCCAAAGUGUAGUAGUUCUGUAUCAACAGUCCCAAUCCCAACUGCCCUCCUGGCCAUAUACCUUCAAAUGAAUAUAAAUCUAUACUUUUGUGUAAAUGUGUUUUCCUCUUUUUGAUUAUCAAAACGGGAGUUCUGUAGCAUUGUAAUUAUUUUCAAAAGCAUUUUUCACUUUAUGUUAUUUGUGUUAUUUUUCAAGAAAAAUAAAAAAAAAGAAACCGG